UGUGAAGUAUACCUUCAUAUGGGCUUUAAAUGGCCAUUAAGGGAGACACAAAUGCCUCCGUAACCUCACUGCAUAAGUGUUAUCCCUCUUUUGAUUGAUCCAUGAAGCCAAAUAACUUUUCUUUGUAUUUAGUGGUCAGGCCUCACCUGGAAUACUGUGUCCAGAUAUGCGUACCACAGUUCAAGAAAGACAAGCUGGAAUAUCUCCAGAAAACAACCAAGAUACUAAUCCCUGUAAAGCAAGACCUAUGAAGACCACUUUAGAGAGCUGAGUAUGUUUAGCCUGGAGAAGAGAAGACUGGGAGGUGAUGUGAUAGCCAUCCUUAAAUGUCUGAAGAGAUGUCAUGUCUAAGAAGAGGCAAGCUUGUUUCUCCUGCACCAGAGACUAGGCCUGGACUUAGGCUGGCCUCUCUUUGCACAGAAAUGAGAAGCACCUCCGAAGGCCCUUCCCAACAGAAGCAAAAGCCAGGAAAUGGAAAUCCUUCGGAUCUACCAGAAUCUCAACAGAAGAUGGCUGUUGAUAUGAUCUAUACAAUUGAAGAUUCACCUCCAUGGUAUCUCUGCAUCCUACUGGGAUUUCAGCACUAUUUGACAUGUUUCAGCGGCACCAUUGCUGUUCCCUUCCUCCUAGCAGAAGCCAUGUGUGUAGGGAAGGACCAGUACACCAUCAGUCAGCUCAUUGGCACCAUCUUCAGCUGCGUGGGGAUCACUACUCUCAUCCAAAGCACUGUGGGGAUCAGGCUUCCUCUGUUUCAAGCCAGCGCACUGGCUUUCAUGAUUCCUGCCAAGUCUAUUCUGGCCCUGGAUAAAUGGAAGUGUCCUCCAGAAGAGGAGAUCUAUGGCAACUGGACCUUACCACUGAACACCUCUCAUAUAUGGCAACCAAGGAUAAGAGAAAUCCAAGGAGCAAUCAUUGUUUCCAGCCUGGUGGAAGUGAUAAUUGGGUUGGUGGGCCUGCCUGGGGCCCUGCUGAGUUACAUUGGACCACUCACAGUCACACCCACUGUCUCCUUAAUUGGUCUCUCUGUCUUCCAAGCAGCAGGUGACAGAGCUGGAUCACACUGGGGCAUUGCAGCAUUGUCAAUUGUUUUAAUCAUUGUGUUUGCUCAGUACCUACGUGAUGUGUCUUUUCUUUUCCCUGGCUACAAAUUUGGAAAAGGGUGCACUUUUUUCCGGAUUCAGAUCUUCAAGAUGUUUCCAAUCAUUCUGGCCAUUCUGGUGGUCUGGCUGCUAUGUUAUAUUCUGACAAUCACUGAUGUAUUUCCUCGCGAUGCAAAUGCAUAUGGAUUCAAAGCCAGAACAGAUGCUAGAGGUGAAAUCAUGUCAAUUGCACCAUGGUUCCGUUUCCCCUACCCAUGCCAGUGGGGGCUUCCCACAGUAACAGCUGCAGCCGUGCUGGGAAUGUUCAGCGCCACCUUGGCUGGGAUCAUUGAGUCUAUCGGGGAUUACUAUUCCUGUGCCAGGCUGGCAGGAGCUCCCCCGCCACCUGUGCAUGCCAUUAACAGGGGCAUUUUUACCGAGGGAAUCUCUUGUAUAAUUGCCGGAUUACUGGGCACUGGCAAUGCUUCUACUUCCUCCAGCCCUAACAUUGGAGUCUUGGGCAUCACCAAGGUGGGCAGCAGGAAAGUGGUGCAGUACGGUGCUGGGAUCAUGCUUAUUUUGGGAACCAUUGGCAAGUUUACAGCUCUCUUUGCUUCUUUCCCUGACCCCAUUCUUGGAGGGAUGUUCUGCACAUUGUUUGGUAUGAUCACAGCAGUGGGGCUUUCCAACCUACAGUUUGUGGACAUGAACUCUUCCCGCAACCUGUUUGUCUUGGGCUUUUCAAUGUUUUUUGGACUCACUCUUCCAAGCUACUUAGAUUCACACCCAGAUGCUAUUGACACAGGAAUUGCUGAAGUGGACCAAAUAUUAAGAGUGCUGUUGACCACAGAAAUGUUUGUUGGAGGAGGCAUAGCGUUCUUGUUGGACAAUACUAUCCCAGGGACUGAAGAAGAACGUGGACUAAUCCAGUGGAAGGCUGGAGCACAUGGAAACAGUAAUACAUCUGCAGAACUGAAGAGUUAUGAUUUUCCUUUUGGGAUGAAUGUAGUUAGAAGGAUCCGGUGGUUGAAAUAUGUGCCAGUGUGCCCGGUUUUCAUGGGGUUUAACUUCAGGGCAAAGAGGGAUCCAGAUAUAUUAGAACAGACACAGAAUAUGACACCUAUCCCAGCUAUAUCCACAAAGGUUUGAAGAGACUCUCAUGAAGCAUCAUGGAAGGUUGGAGAACUACAUUUAGUUGCAGAGGACUGUGUGAGGUUCCAGUGCAUUUAAAUCACAGCUCAGUGGAGCUGCCUCCAGUAAAGAAGGUUCAGCGAUUGAAUUCUAUGGUAGAUCAGGCAUGGCUGGUUAAAGUUCAUUUUUCAUACCCCCCCCUCCCCAUUAGUGGUUAAAAUUUCACCCAGAGAACUCCUAUAAUUACAGCAGCAUGGGGACAUACACAUUUACAGACAAUGUUCCCUACUCUGCUCCCCUUUUCGUGCCCAUUAUGAGAUUAGAAGCAAGAGGCAUUUUGGUGCUCUGGGUUACUAUUUGAAAAGCAUCAGCAAGAUUGUACCUAUUUUCCAAUUUUGAAAAGGUAAAGUUUCAGUAAAAAUUAUGCAGUGAAGUCUUGCAUUUAUCCUGAUUUUAAACCCUUUAUUUUGUGUAUAUAGUUCACAUUUCAGUAAUUAGAACUUUAUUGGGCAAGAAAUAUGCAACAGAUGAAAGAUAUUCUUCUGAUGCAUUUUAAGCGUUUAUUUACAAAUAUGAGGUGAGCUUUAAAAAAAAAUUAAGUAGAGAUUCCUUAGGGCACCAACUUAUGCUUCUGAAACACACGAGUGUGACAUACUGUCAACACUCAAGAGGUUUUAUGCAAUUACUGACAGAACUUUGUAGUUAAUAAUUGCAAGGUAAUAAAGACCCAGCCCUAAAAUGUGUUGUUCUGGACACAUUUUCCUGGAUGCUCCAACAGUUUAGCUUCUUCCAGAACAAAUACUGUACCAUCUGUUAUGACAAAUGUGUAAUUCUAAGGUUUUGGAGAUUGUUAAUAUGGAACAGCUGCAUUGAUGCCAAUGGAUGUUAUGACAGUAAAGUUUUUCAUUCUUCAGAAACUGAUCUGCAUUCUGUAU